AUGAGCCAUCUCAACGGCACCGCCGAGCAUGCCUCGGAGCUGAAGCAGCAGGGCGCCCUCGACGCCGCCCGCGACCCUCAUUCGCGCGUCACGGCCGAGGCCGCAGAGCAGAGCGUCGUCGACCAGGCGCGCCAGGGCGGCAGCGCGGCCUUCCAGUUCGACCCCGACGCCAGCCCCGAGCAGAAGCGCGCCCAGGCGAGGGCGCGAGUCCCGCCGGGCUUCCACCACGAGCGCAACCACAAUGCCACGGCCCUGGUCUCGGACGCCGACGAAGCCGCAGCCGGCGCCCCGCAGUACGACCUCCCCCCGCCCACCAAGGCUGGUGCCAUCGGCUUGGACCUGCCCUCAUCGUCCGCUGCCAACGGCCAUGCGCCCGCGCCCGAGUCUGACCCGGAUGCGCGCUGGGAACGCGUUGGCUGGGCCCCGCGCUUCGGCAUGCCCGGUUCGGAGAACAAGGACGAGGACGAGGGCACCAUGCUCGACCACCAAACCUACCUCGAAGGCCAGCUCGACGACAAGUUCUUCGGCGACUGGUACCACAACACGGGCGUCAUCAUCUUUGCCUGCCUGAGCUCGUGGGUCGUGGCCACGCUCGGCGGAGGCCUCGGCUGGAUCAUGAUCAUCAUGGCCAUCUGCGGCACCUACUACCGCACCUCGAUCCGCCGUGUGCGCAGAAACGCCCGCGACGACCUCAACCGCGAAAUGGCCAAGAACAAGCUGGAGACGGACACGGAGAGCCUCGAGUGGAUCAACAGCUUCCUCGUCAAGUUCUGGCCCAUCUACGCCCCUGUCCUCUGCGACACCAUUGUUGGCUCCGUCGAUCAGGUCCUGUCUACCUCCACCCCCGCCUUCCUCGAUAGUCUGAAGAUGAAGACGUUCGUUCUGGGAACCAAGCCACCGCGCCUGGAGCACGUCAAGACCUACCCCAAGACCCAGGACGACAUUGUGCUCAUGGACUGGAAGUUCAGCUUCACACCCAACGACACAAUGGACCUCACCGCGCGACAGGUCAAGAACAAGAUCAACCCCAAGAUCGUUCUCGAAAUCCGUAUCGGCAAGGGUCUGGUCAGCAAAGGCUUGGACGUCAUUGUCGAGGACAUGGCCUUCUCCGGACUCAUGCGUCUCAAAUUCAAGUUGCAGCUUCCGUUCCCGCACAUCGAGAAAGUCGAAAUGUCCUUCUUGGAGAGGCCGACCAUUGACUACGUCUGCAAACCGCUAGGCGGCGAGACGUUUGGUUUCGAUAUCAACUUCAUUCCUGGUCUAGAGACGUUCAUCAUGGAGCAAAUUCACGCCAACCUCGGCCCUAUGAUGUACGACCCCAACGUCUUUCCCAUUGAAAUCGCCAAGAUGCUUGCUGGAAAUCCAGUCGAUCAAGCCAUCGGUGUCCUGCAAGUCACCUUCCACGGUGCACAGGGUCUCAAGAACCCCGACAAAUUCUCUGGUACGCCAGACCCGUACGCGACUGUCUCGAUCAACAACAGAGCCGUGCUUGCACGCACCAAGACUGUGCACGAGAAUGCCAAUCCUCGCUGGAACGAGACUAUCAACAUCAUUGUUACUUCGCUAAAGGACGCCCUGACCAUCAACCUGUUCGAUUUCAACGACAUUCGCAAGGACAAGGAGCUUGGAACAGCCACGUUCGCACUCGAGCAGCUCGAGACAGAUUCUGUCCACGAGAACAUGCACCUCGAGAUCAUGUCUGGUGGCCGACCGCGCGGUAUUCUUCAGGCUGACAUUCGCUUCUUCCCCGUUCUCGAGGGCACUACCCUGCAAGAUGGCACCAAAGAGCCUCCGCCAGAGUCUCGCACAGGCAUCAUCAAGUUCACUGUUGAGCAAGCCAAGGAUCUCGACGGCACCAAAAGUAUGAUUGGUCAAUUGAGCCCGUACGCUGUACUGCUGCUCAACGGCCGUGAGGUUCACAAGUCUCGCGCCAUGAAACGCACAAACAUCCCUAUCUGGCCCGAUGCGACCAAGGAAAUGCUCAUCACAGACCGCAAGAAGGCAAAGCUUGGCCUGGUCAUCAAGGACGAUCGCGACUUGGCGGGAGAUCCUAUUCUUGGAACCUAUCAGAUCACCAUCGAUGACAUGCUUGACCUGACAGCAAAGGGCCAUGAGUGGUACAACCUGGCUGGCGCUCAGACUGGGCGCGCAAAGAUGAAGCUGGAAUGGAAGCCUGUGGCACUCAAGGGCUCUCUGUCCUCGGGCGGAUACCUCACACCGAUUGGUGUCAUCAGGCUCCACUUCCAGAGCGCUCGCGACUUGCGAAAUCUCGAAACUAUGGGCAAGUCGGAUCCGUAUGUUCGUGUGCUGCUCUCUGGUGUCGAGAAGGGUAGAACGGUUACCUUCAAGAACAACCUAAACCCCGAUUGGGACGAAGUCGUCUACAUCCCCGUCCACACCAUACGUGAGAAGCUGACCCUCGAGGUUAUGGAUGAAGAGACGCUGGGCAAGGACCGUUCAUUGGGACACGUCGAGCUGUCAGCGGGCGACUACAUUCAACAAGACGAGAACGGCGAGUAUCUCGUUCAUGAACAGAAACAAACUAUACCUGGUCCACUGCGCAUGUCCGGCACGUCAGGCCACAAGGGCACGCUAAACUACACAUGCUCGUUCUACCCGACUAUCCCCACCUGGGAUCCCGAAGAAGACGAAGAGGAAUCGGAAGAGACCACUCCCAACGGUCGCUCCCGUGCGGCUAGCAUCCAAACGGCAGGAUCAAAGGCGCCAGCAUCGACGCACGCGCGUACUGUAUCUGGUACAAGCCAACUCGUUCGAUCCGAGACUGCGGGCACCAUCUCCUCCUUGGCACCCAGCAGCUCUCAAAGAGAUAGCGCGGCCGACUUGGCUAAACAGCUUGAAAAGAACGAGUACCAGCAAAACGAACCGAUCCCUGAGAAGCAUAAGAUUGAGAAGCUGCGCCUGAACGCCGAGGACCUGCAGCAGUAUGAGUCCGGACUUCUUGUAUUCAAGCUUAUCGAUGGCGAGUUUGCUGAAACGGGCGGAUAUGUUGAUGUUCUUAUGGAUGACAUGGCAUAUCCAAGCUACUCCAGUGCCAAGAUCAAAAACCGCCAUAUGACUUUCGGCGAGGGCAAGUCAUGUCGUUGGCUACCGUUGUGCAUCACUGACUGUUCUUAGUGGGCGAGACCAUGGUCCGCGAGCUCGACUUCUCCAAGAUCACUCUGCGCAUUAUCGAGCAGAUCAACAAGGACGGCGACGGAGACCAGGAUCACGUGAUUGCUAAACUCACAGGCAACACCAUCGAUACACUGCGACGCUGCUUGUACACACCUACUCAACUCACCUUGAAAGACAAGCACGGCAAGGAGAGCAAGAUCACUGUCAGUCUCAAGUAUCUGCCAGUCAAGAUGCGCCUGGAUCCCAGCGAAUCGUUCAACAAUCAAGGUACACUCCGUGUUGACGUUCUGGACGCGGCGGACUUGCCAGCCGCUGACCGCAACGGCUUCUCGGAUCCUUACUGCAAGUUUGUUCUGAACGACAAAGAGGUUUACAAGACGAAGACCCAAAAGAAGACACUCCACCCGGCGUGGAACGAGUACUUCGAGGUCCCUGUGAGGAGCCGAACUGGUGCAGAUUUCGUCGUCAAUGUCUAUGACUGGGACUUUGGUGAUAAGGCCGACUUUCUUGGCAAAUCCGCCAUCAACCUCGAAAUCUUGGAGCCUUUCCAACAGCAGGAAGUUACUCUUGGCCUGGAUGGCAAGAGCGGUGCGAUUAGGCUUAGAAUGCUCUUCAAACCAGACUACGUUGUCCGCGCCCGCCAAGGCUCAAGUACCUUCUCGGGCACCUUUGCUGUACCCGGCAAAGUCAUCGGCGCCCCUGUCAAAGGUGUUGGCAAGGGCGCUGCCUUGGUUGGCGGCGGUGUAGUUCGCGCCGGUACAUUCCUCGGCCGGGGUUUCAAACGUAGAAAGUCACGCGGAGCCAAUAGCGAGGAUGACUUUGACCAUCCAGACUUGGGAGACAGACCAAGCAUGGACGUCCCACUCGUGUCGGUUGAGGGCGGCAACACUACUUCCAUCUCCGCCGAACCCACAACGCCAAAUCGAAACACAUCCGAGCAUAAUCGCCACCGCAGCUGGGGGGCACAGUCCUUCUCUAGCAGACUGGGAGAUUCAGCGGCGCCCGGUGGUGGCGAGCAGGGUACUGCGAAUAUCUCUAUCGUCUCCGCUGACGGCUUUCCACCCGGCAUAAACCUGCGCGUCUUCGUCCAUCUGGGCAAAAAGGACGUACACAAGACUGACCAUAUCAAGACCGCUACAGGCAGUGUUCAGUUCGAGAACGAGACUUUCAAAGUCCCAUGCACAGCAGACCAAUUUUUCAAAGUCACAGUCAAGGACCACGCUACCUUUGGACGCGACGACGAGCUUGGUGAGGCGCAAUUUACAAUUGACGAUUCGCGCACUGGUGGCGAAAAGAACGUUGGUGUUGGGAAGGGCAUGGUUGUUAUACGCAGCUCCUUCACACCAGCCGAUGCCGUGAGCCAGGUAGGGAGCGUGAGUCCGAGAGUGUCAGGCGGGAGGAGAGGACUGCUGAGUAGAGGGAAAGAGAGAAGCCCCGCACCUCCGGGCGCUUAG